AGUGGAGAAGUCUUCGUGGGGGAAAGUGAGACUAACCAGAGAAGAAAAACACUUUUAAAACUGUUUUUGCCUCUGGAGAACGGUAAGAGCUCGGGUGAAAAGAUCCAACAUGGCAGUUGCCAGCAAGUCCAUGCCUGGCUCCACUAUCGGCCUCACUCAGGGGUUUGAUGACUACACUCUCUACAGCAACCUGUCAGAUGACGAGCUGAUGCAGCUGGCUAUCGAACGCAGCCUUAGUGAUCGCCACAAUGCCACUUCACUGGGUGAAGCCAGCAAGACCUCCACAGCUCUAGGCAGAAGAACAGUCCAGUUCAGGGCAAAUCCACCCACAACUACACCGAACCCAUCAAAUCCACCUAGGGAGGACCCAAGCCAUAGGCCGCCUACUGCCAACCCACCUGACGCCAGGAGAAGGACAUGUGAAGAAAGGAGGAAAUGUGGAGACAUUGUGGUGACUCAUUUUGUAACUGGCAAUGGAAAGCGCAUGCUGGCAUAUCACAGAGGCGAUGGCUCCGUUCAGCACGUGCCAGACAAAGAAAAUAGGGAACAGGACCCUAUUGUGAAAGCCAUCCUGAAUGGUGAUGUGACUACGGUACGAGCUAUGGCUAGAAACAGCGGGAAUAACAUACUGCGGCCUGACAAGUAUGGAUGGAUCCCGCUGCACGAGGCUGCAUAUUAUGGCCAAGACCAGUGUGUCAGAGUUCUUCUUGCGGCUCAACCUAGUGUGAUUAACAAGUGCGACCUGAAAGGCCGGACCGCUCUCAUCUUGGCGGUGGAAAGGGAAAAGGUGGCCUGUGUAGAGGCACUUCUGGAGAUGGGGGCUGACCCAGACAUUGCCAACAAGGAGAGAGAGAGCCCCCUCUACAAAGCUUGUGAAAUGGACAAUGCCGAGAUUGUGGUCAUGCUUCUGAAUCACGGUGCUGUGGUGAACAAAUACUCCACCCAGGGCUGGACAGAUCUCCUAGAGGCUGUGAGCCGCAACAACGUUGAGAUCUGUGAGAUGUUAGUCCGGAACGGGGCUAAGCUCAGCCCAACCAACAUGUACGGUAUCACACCACUUUCUACUGCAGCCCAGAGUGGACAUGUGGAAACACUUCGAUUUCUUAUUAAACACGGUGCUGAUGUCAAUAGCGAGGCAAGUGAUGGGUCCACAGCUCUGUAUGAGGCGGCUAAGAAUGGCCAUGAGGACAUUGUGGAGAUUCUUCUUUCUCAGAAAGCUAACGCCAACAAAGUGGGCAAGAAAGGACUUCUGCCACUACAUAUCGCUGCCCAACAAGGAAAUGAUGGUAUUGUGUCGUUGCUGAUCAAAGCCACCAGCAAGUCCAGAGUGAAACGCAGUGGCAUCAGUCCCCUCCACCUGGCCGCCGAGUACAACUGGGACGAAGUCCUGGAGGUCCUGAUCAAGGCCGGCUACGACGUCAAUGCCAUGCUGUCGGAGGAACGCUCCAUGAUGUAUGCGGACCAUCGUAGAACAGCGCUCUACUUCGCCGUCGCCAACGGCAACGUGGACACGACCACCGUGCUUCUAGAAGCCGGUGCCAACCCAAACCUGGACACAUUCAACCCGCUACUUGUGGCCAUGAGGCAAGGUAGUAUCGAAUUGGUCACUUUGCUGGUGGAGCACAUGGCCAACGUCAAUGCCUAUGUCCCCACUCACCCCACCUCAUUCCCGGCCACCGUCAUGUUCAGUAUGAAGUAUCUGUCCAUGCUGAAGUAUCUGAUGGACAACGGCUGCGAUGCCCUCUCCUGUUUUAGUUGCACUUACAGCAGUGGUCCACACCCACCCCUUCAGGAGACCUCUGAGAGAGAUGACUUGCGCUACAAUACCGAUAUACGCAGAAAUACCGGGGAACCUGUUCAGGUAAAUAGAAUAUGAGUGAAAUGUUUAGUAUGUGCGUGUGUAAUAUUUUCACAUACAGUAGGGUACAUUUCUUUAGGGAUCCCUUGAUAAAGAUGACAAUAGAAGACUGUAUAAAAUAAAUAAUACUGAGCUCUCUUGUAUGCUAAAAAAUAUAUAUAUUAAUUGUAUACUAAUGCAAUUGCUCAGAAAUACAUUUUGUAUAACAAGCAAUAAAAAAACUCAAAAGGAUAGCGGUCAAAAUGAUUGGAUCCCCUGUUUUCAAGACUCCGGACCCUCCCUUUGGAAACACUGAGCCUUUUUCUCAAAUGUUUUAUGAGAUUGGAGAACACAUAGAGAGGGGUCUUGGACCAUUCCUCCAUACAGAAACUUUUCAGAUCCCUGAUAUCCUUCAUCUGCGCUUAUGGGAUUGUCCUCUUCCAUCCAAACCAUAAGGGUUCCAGUCCAGAGACUGAGAUGGCCAUUGCAAAAUGUUUAUUUGUGGAUUUGUAUGUGUGCUUGGAGUUAUUGUAUUGCUGGAAUGUCCACUUUUGGCUUCCAAAUUCAGCCUCCUGGCAGAGGCAACCAGGUUUUUGGCAAAAAUGUCCUGGUACUCAGUAAAGUUCACACCGUUGACCUUAACAAGGGCACCAGGACCAGUGGAAGCAAAUAGCCCCAUUGGAUCUACCACCAUAUUUUAAAGUAGGUAUGGGGUUAUUUUCUGCAUAUGCUUCUUUCUUUCAAACACAAAACCCACCACUGGUGUGCGUGGCCAAAGAGCUCUAUUUUCAUGUUAUCUGACGAUAGAACCAGUUUCAAUCCAAGUGGAGUAAAAAAAAAACUUGUUUAAUAAAAUACAACUGCAAGUUUGUUCACCCCCUUUGCUAUGAAGCCGCUAAAUAAGAUUUGGUGCAACCAAUUACCUUUAAGUCACAUAAUUAGUUAAAUACAGUCUACCUGUGUGCAAUCUCAGUGUCAAAUGAUCUGUCACAUGAUCU